GGAAGUGGCCUACCCCUUCUCCAUGGACUUCCAAGAGAGGGACCCUCCCUCCCUGGCUGAGAGCACUCAGUCCUCAAAGCCCAGCAGUGCCCAGCAGGCCUCUGAGCUGUGGGAGGUAGUGGAGGAGCCGCGGGGCAGGCUGGGAACAGAGGUUAUCAUGCCUGAGAGGCAGGAAGGCCACCUGCUCAAGAAGAGGAAGUGGCCUCUGAAGGGCUGGCACAAGAGGUACUUUGUGCUCGAGGAUGGGAUCCUGCACUAUGCAACAACCCGGCAAGAUAUCACCAAGGGGAAGCUCCAUGGCUCCAUUGAUGUCCGGCUGUCAGUCAUGUCCAUCAACAAAAAGGCCCAGCGCAUUGACCUUGACACUGAAGACAACAUCUACCACCUCAAGAUCAAAUCCCAGGACCUGUUCCAUAGCUGGGUGGCCCAACUGCGUGCCCACCGGCUGGCCCAGCGCCAGGACAUGCCCCGUGGCCCUCUGCCCAGCUCCACUCACCGGAAGGUCCCUGGUGCCCAGCUUCCCACAGCGAGCAGCACCUCAGCCCUACCUGGGGUUGGACCUCGGGAGAAGGUGUCUUCCUGGCUGAGGGACAGUGAUGGGCUAGACCGCUGCUCUCAUGAGCUCUCCGAGUGCCAGGGGAAGCUCCAGGAGCUACACAGACUCCUCCAGAACCUGGAGUCCCUGCAUCGAAUCCCCUCAGCCCCUGUGAUCCCCACACACCAGGCCUCGGUGACAACUGAGAGACCCAAGAAGGGGAAACGGACCAGCCGCAUGUGGUGCACACAGAGCUUUGCCAAGGACGACACCAUCGGACGGGUUGGUCGUCUCCAUGGCUCUGUUCCCAACCUGUCUCGCUACCUGGAGUCUCGGGACUCCUCAGGCCCCCGUGGGCUGCCGCCCCCAGACUAUGCCCACCUGCAGCGCAGUUUCUGGGCCCUGGCUCAGAAGGUGCACAGCUCCCUCAGCAGCGUCCUGACUGCCCUCACCACCGAGCGUGACCGACUGAGGGACCUGCACCAGGGUUCCGAGCUGUCGAGGAUGGGGGUCUCCGAGGCCCCUGCCGGCCAGAGGCGCCUCCACUCACUGUCCAUCUCCUCAGACACCACGGCAGACUCCUUCAGUUCUCUCAACCCCGAGGAGCAGGAAGCUCUGUAUAUGAAGGGGCGAGAGCUGACCCCCCAGCUGUCCCAGAGCAGCGUCCUGUCCCUCGCCGAUUCCCACACGGAGUUCUUCGAUGCCUGCGAGGUUCUCCUCUCUGCCAGCUCCUCUGAGAAUGAGGGCUCAGAGGAGGAGGAGUCGUGCACCAGUGAAAUCACCACCAGCCUGUCCGAGGAGGUGCUGGACCUCAGGGGAGCUGAGCGCUGCCGGAAAGAGGGGUGUGUUCCAGGGAGAGCUGCAGGGCCGCCCCGUCGCCGCUGCCUGCCUGCGGCCAGCGGACCCGGCGCUGACGUGAGCCUCUGGAACAUUCUGCGCAACAACAUUGGCAAAGACCUGUCGAAGGUGUCGAUGCCCGUGCAGCUCAACGAGCCGCUCAACACUCUGCAGCGCCUCUGCGAGGAGCUGGAGUACAGCAGCCUCUUGGACCAGGCCAGCCGCAUGGCCGACCCCUGCGAGCGCAUGGUGUACAUCGCCGCCUUUGCGGUCUCGGCCUACUCCUCCACUUUCCACCGAGCCGGCUGCAAGCCCUUCAACCCUGUCUUGGGGGAGACCUACGAGUGUGAGCGGCCUGACCGGGGCUUCCGCUUCAUCAGUGAGCAGGUCUCCCAUCACCCUCCCAUCUCAGCAUGCCACGCAGAGUCUGAGAACUUCAUCUUCUGGCAAGACAUGAAGUGGAAGAACAAGUUCUGGGGCAAAUCCCUGGAGAUAGUGCCUGUUGGAACCGUCAAUGUCAGCCUGCCCAGCUGCCCUCCAUGCCCUGUCUCGCUCAGGUUUGGGGACCACUUUGAGUGGAACAAGGUGACGUCCUGCAUUCACAACAUCCUGAGUGGCCAGCGCUGGAUUGAGCACUACGGGGAAGUCCUCAUCCGGAACACACAGGACAGCUCCUGCCACUGCAAGAUCACCUUCUGCAAGGCCAAGUACUGGAGUUCCAACGUCCACGAGGUGCAGGGCGCGGUGUUCAGCCGGAGUGGCCGGGUUCUCCAUCGACUCUUUGGGAAGUGGCACGAGGGGCUGUACCGGGGGCCCCCGCCGGGUGGUCAGUGCAUCUGGAAACCCAACUCAAUGCCCCCAGACCAUGAGCGAAACUUCGGCUUCACUCAGUUUGCCUUGGAGCUGAAUGAGCUGACAGCAGAGCUGAGGCGGUCGCUGCCUUCCACCGACACACGGCUCCGGCCAGACCAGAGGUACCUGGAGGAGGGGAACAUACAGGCCGCCGAGGCUCAGAAGAGAAGGAUCGAGCAGCUCCAGCGAGACAGGCGCAAAGUGAUGGAGGAAAACAACAUCGUGCACCAGGCUCGCUUCUUCAGGCGGCAAACAGACAGCAGUGGGAAGGAGUGGUGGGUGACCAACAACACCUACUGGAGGCUGCGUGCCGAGCCGGGCUACGGCAACAUGGACGGGGCUGUGCUCUGGUAGCCCUGGCCCUGGGGGCAGGAGGCCCUGGCUCCUCACUCCUCCUGCCUCCGCCCUCUACCACAGACAUGUGGGUGAGGCCAGGCUCCCCCGACUGCCCUUGAGACCACAGGGGCAGCCUUGGCUCCAGCCCUCUCUCUCCUCUGCUGGCCAGAGGGGCUGCCUCCCUGCCCAUUCCCACCCCAUGGUUUGGGGUGAGACGCAGAAUCAGUGCUUCCCCAGUCUUGUUGCCCUGACAACCGGCAUGUAAGACCCUCCUUGCUCUGUCAUCCCCCUUCCUGUCCCCUUUGGGGUGCCUGGGGAGACUCCUGGCACCCAGGAUCUGUUCCCCAUUUCAGUGCCUUCCUAAGACACAGGGGACCCCUUGAUGUUCCCCAGGCUUUCUGUGCCCAGGCUCUGGCCUGGCUGUGAGGCUCGAGCAAGUGAAGGAGAGGAGAUGGCCUUCUUCCCCUGCCCUCCCUGUGCCCUUUGCCCUGGCCCAGAGCUCCCUUGGCUGGUCCUGGCCAUCCCUCCGACCCUCCUGAAUCCCCAUCACCCAAUCUGCAAAACACCUGCAGCUUCCAGCUGAUCCUUAAGUGGUUCCCUUCAGUCUCAGCUAAGCAGUUCCCCAGAGUAGAUGAGAGGCCUCUCCACGAGGUGUGAGCAGACUGAGGCGCCUGGCCUCAGCCCCAUGGGGAGUGUGAGUGGGCGUGAGAGUGUAAGUUUGUGGAGGAGAGUGUGCGUGUGUGCGUGUGCGCCUGUGUCCUGCUUGCAGGCGAGCAGGACUUCUUAAUGUAGCCCGGACUCCCCGCUGCUGGGUGUCCGCCACCGUUGCUGCUCAUUUUCUCACAGUCUGCCUCGGAUUAAGGUGAAUUGCUAUGACAUUCCAAGCUCUAAUAAAGACUGUCCCAGACCUUG